AAGAUUGACAGCUAGCUAGCGCAGCGCACUUCACAACAGCCAGCUGAUACCAAUCAGCUACUCACAGUGGACAGCGUUUCGGUUUUGUUCUCGGCAAUACAUUUACCGUCAUACAUGAACUUACAUCAUAUGGAAGAGAUAUCAGUAACAUUAUUUUAUACAAGUAUGGCGGUUACACUUCAAUGCUCUGACAGCUCUUCGUCUGUGUAGUUAGCGAGCUAGCUAGCUGGGUAAAGUUGAUAGCACUAAAUAUCAUCAACGCUAGCUAGCUAAGUUACAGCGGAUUCUUACAAGCUGGCAUCAAAACAAACUCAUCGUCAGCCAUGGGAAUACUAUUUACAAAGCUAUGGAGGCUUUUUAAUCACCAAGAGCACAAAGUUAUUAUUGUUGGCCUGGACAAUGCCGGCAAGACCACAAUUCUGUACCAGUUUUCUAUGAACGAGGUGGUGCACACCUCUCCUACGAUUGGGAGCAACGUGGAGGAGAUUGUGGUCAACAACACCCACUUCCUGAUGUGGGACAUUGGAGGCCAGGAGUCCCUUAGGUCUUCGUGGAAUACAUACUACACAAACACAGAGUUUGUAAUCGUGGUGGUCGACAGCACAGACAGAGAAAGGAUUUCAGUGACCAAAGAGGAACUCUACAGAAUGCUAGCACAUGAAGAUUUGAGAAAGGCAGGGCUGUUGAUCUUUGCCAACAAGCAGGAUGUGAAAGGCUGCAUGUCUGUGGCCGAGAUCUCCCAGAGCCUCCAGCUUACCUCUGUCAAAGACCACCAGUGGCACAUCCAGGCCUGCUGUGCGCUCACUGGAGAGGGGUUGUGCCAGGGUCUUGAGUGGAUGAUGUCACGGCUGCGCGUGAGAUGAUGACCUUUGACUCUGAUCAGGAGUGCGCCCUUGCUCUCUUGUUUUCUCUGCCUCCAGACAUGAGCUUGAAAUGAGGAUGGGGACGAGGCCCUGUCCUCUUUCCUGUGAAGCUGACAUGGGCAGACCGCUGCCAGGACAUUACAUUCUUCUGUGAUAAUUUAUUUUACAAAAGACAUCUGAACUCUGAACAAAAAAACAUGACCUUUUCAGAAGGACAUUGGACAAACAAAAGACUCAAAUUAUUUAAAUUGAAAUUUCUGCACGGUUUUCCUUUCAGAAAAACACAGAGGUCAGAAAAGUGUCUGACUUGGAACUGUACAUGGACUUAUUCUUCAGCUGUGUUUGAGUCUAGCCCAUGGUGGCCUUGCAGUAUUGCCGGACUGGCUGUGGCAGUUUUUAUUGCCCCCCUGUGUGUACAGUCCAGUAUUCUCUUUUAAUGUGGUGCCUGCAGCAGAAUGUUCAAGCAAUGAUGGUUGAUGGUGACUGAAACAUGCAGAAGGGAGGGUAAAAUCACAAAACACCCACCUCCUUUUCAGUCCCUAUGAAUAAUCAGUAAAAUAAAGUGUUUUUAUCUGUUUCAGGCGAA